AUGCUUUCGUUAUUCGUCCUAUUUUUCCUGAGUCUCUCGGGUCUACUAUAUGCCAAGUCCAGCGAUGGCAACACUGUCCUCGUCAUCGUCGAAGAAGCACAGAAGGAUGAGUUCAGCGUCUUUUUCGACGAUUUGAAAGCUGAGGGGUAUUCGCUCUCGUUCAGGUCGCCGAAAGCGGACAAACCUGCAUUGGUUGAAUACGACGUUCCCUCGUUCUCCCAUGUUGUCAUACUCGCCCCAGAAUCUAAACACUUUGCCAAAGACAUUACCCCGCAGUCACUUGUCGAACUCGUUUCUGGCGGUACCAACUUACUCAUCGCCCUUUCCGCUAAACAAACCCCGCUUUCGUCACUUGCGGCCGAAUUCUCACUGGUCCUCCCUCCUGCAGGCACACCUCUUCUCUCCUUCUUCCCAGAACGUACGGAUCCACCCUCUCUGAUCCCGAUUUCUCCACCGUCAACAUCCAACAUACUCUCGUCUGAUCUGGCACCCGUUUGGUUUUCUGGCAUUCCUUUUGCGCUUGGAAGCAACCCGCUCCUUUUCCCUAUUCUCCCCGCCCCGCCGGAAAGCUUUGCUGGCGAUGUCAACUCGGGUGCAGACGCGCUUGUGGACGCAGCAGAAAAGAAUGGGGAAGGUCUUUGGGCUGGCAGCCAAGUUAGCGUUGUUGCGGGCUUCCAGGCUGCAGGGGGUGCCCGUGUCACCUGGAUAGGCGGAGUAGACAUGCUCAAGGACUCUUUAUUCCAAAAGCCAGUUUCCAAGAACGUCAAGUCUGGAAACGCGAAAUUAACCCGCGACAUAACAGCAUGGACUUUCCAAGAGAAUCUUGUCCUGCGUAUUGACCGGACUGAGCACCAUUUGGUCAACUCGACCGAGUCGCUUGAGAGUUACACCACGAACGACAAUAUCGUCUUUACCGCAUAUAUCUCCCACUUCAACCCCAAAUCUGGUGACUGGAAGCCUUACUCUGGCAUCCAAGACAUGCAGCUCGAGUUCACCAUGCUCGACCCUCACCUGCGAAUCCCACUUCCUUUCGUGCCGAACACACCUGGCAAAUACUCAACAACUUUCCGCGCUCCAGACCGCCACGGCGUGUUCAAGUUUGUCGUGAACUACAAGCGCAAAGGAUGGACACACUUGCACAGCUCAACCACUGUAGCUGUUGUCCCACCAAGACACGACGGCUACCCGCGUUUCCUGAGUGCUGCCUGGCCAUUCUACAUUGGCGCGAUUAGCACGAGUGUAGGCUUCUUCCUCUUCUCAGCUGCAUGGUUGGCAGGUGAAUCGCGAGACGGCAAAAAGGCCAAAGGAACCAAGGCCCAGUAA